AUGGAGAAGCCCAGGAAAAAAUUUACUGGUCUUAUAGAUGAUGCAGUGGCGGCUGCUAGCAAAAUGGAUCGUGAUGAACUGCUUUUUUCCUACAAGGGGAUUCUCUACCCUGUUACUUUGUGCAGUCCUGAAGUAUUCAGAGCCAUGGAGUCCCUUGAAGCCAGAAGUGAUGAUAUAAUUUUGGCAGCAUACCCUAAAUCUGGUACAAACUGGGUAGCUCAAAUCUUAAAUGAUCUGGUAGCCAUAUUUGAAAAGAAAACACAGAAUAAAGCAAGCAGUGGGAAUGAUGAAGAAAUAGAAGAAUUUCCUUACCUUGAAAUUGGAGAUACUGAAAAAUAUGAGCGAAUGAACAAAUCACCUUCUCGAAGAAUUAUGAUUACUCAUCUCCUUCCUGAAAAUCUCCCCAGGUCUGUCUUCAAAAAUAAAGCCAAGAUAUUGUUGCUGAUGCGCAAUCCAAAGGAUGUAGCUACAUCUUUUUACCAUUUUGCCAAUGGCGUAGCUACGCUUCCCUCCUAUGAGACCUGGGAUGAUUUCUUUGUAGCUUUCAUGACAAAGAAAAUGGCCUGGGGAUGCUACUUUGAAUACCUUUCCAAAUGGAACAAAUAUGCUGCUGAUGAAAAUGUUAUGCCAAUGACUUACGAAGAGCUAAAAGAGAAUCCAGUCCUGGGUGUGAAAAACAUCGCUGCUUUCUUUGGGAUUUCCCUGACUGAGGAAGAGCUUCAGACUGUGGUAGAGAGAAGCAGCUUCCAGUCCAUGAAGAAGAACUCAGAGAAGACCCAUGGGGCAUAUGCUAAUGUUUUCUUUCGCAAAGGUGUUAUACGUGACUGGAAGAAUCUUUUCAGUGAAGAUCAGAAUGAGAAAAUGGACAAAGCAUUUGAAGAACAUAUAGGAGGAACUAAACUGGGAACAAUGUUAAAGUAUGAUGUGUACUGUAAAAUCUGA